AUGCACCCACCCCCGCUGCCAAACCGCCCGCAUACCUCCCUUGGUGAAGAAAUCAAACUGUUCGCCUCCACCAUCUCCUACUCAUUCGUGGCUGAGGGGUACGAACUCAUCGAGCAAGACCGCCAAGUCAAGACUGUUCUGGGUCUAUGGUAACGCGCCGGAAUUUAUUCAAUUUGGUUCCAGGGAGUCUCACGGCCAUAUAUCAGUGGCAGUGGGUUCAAUCGUAGAAUUCGGAAUACGUUAACGUGAUAAACUCCGUAAAGUUUUCACGAGUGUUAACAACUGAAAACACGAAAAAAGAACCUGUAUCUCGUCGAUUAUAUCGCCGUAAUUUAAAAGGAACAUACAUCUGUAUUUUCACACAAUGUAAACGAACAACGCAUACGAAGCAUAUCGUAGUACCGGUCAUUGAAUACUAAUUUGUUCAACUUGUCCGUAAGAAGUGCUUCUUUUAGUCAACACCGAAACGUGGAAUUUCAGAGAGCUUCAAGAAUAUAUGAUCGAAUUCGCUGAUCUUGAACGAAAUCCCGUCUAUCGCACUACCAGAAAAGUUGGCUCAAAUGUGCAAUUUUGGAGAAAUCAAAACAUGCCUUCUGAAGAACGGGACGUAAUUUCAAUACAUUACUGAAAAGUGAAGUCCAAUUUUGGAGAAAUCGAACUUCCUCAUAAUCAACAGUCUAAGGAUUUGAAACAAAAGGAUGGCACUGUCCAUGUUCGCAUUGUGAGCCUCGAGCACCACUCUUGGGCCAAUUGUCGUACAUGUUCCGGGCAAUAAACGUAAAGCCCAAGCAGCGGCAAAGGCCAUCGAUGGUAUCAGUCGGCCAAUACGAAGAGAAGAAAAGAAGUUAACAUGAACGUAAUCGUAUAAAAUCAAAGACGGAUUCUCAAAAACGUUGUCAUUCCUCGACAAAAGUUCUGAAAAGUCAUUGCGUAACCUAUCGUAUAAAAAACGAGGAUAAGAAAUAUCUGGCUUCUUUUCUGCAUGUUCAGUUUUUUAUGCAAUAAAAAAUUAUGCAAUCUUUUUUCUGCUUUAAGCUCCGCGUUUCUUUGCCAUUCAGAUAUUGGAAUGAAGAGGAGAUCAAAGGUUGAAGAACGUUUUUUUGCGAGUAAGAAUUUCCUCGUUUUAAUUAAUUUUAUAUAUUUAUUAUACUUUGAAUACAUAUAUAUAUAAUACAUAUACUUUUUAUAUAUUAUUUAAACUUGAAAAAGUUUUGAGACAUAUAAUGAUGAUAUAUCGCUUAUUUUUGGUCUUAUGUUUCAUGAUAAUCAUAUAUAUUACUAUAUAUUUAAAGUCGUAUAAUGGGUUUUCAAUAUUUUGAAACAAAUAUUUGAAUAUUUCAUUCCCAAUUUAGUGAAUAUUUGACCGUAAAACCUAUUUUUGAAAAUCCAUCAGCUCAAAAUUAUGUCCGGAAACUCUUCUGCAAGGAAGACUGAAGAGAAUGCAAUAUUGAAUAGACUUUUCAUGUACGUAAGCCCGGCACUCCUACCCGCAAAGAGACAUCGUAAUUGAUCUCCAACCUUAGCGAACGAAACGGUAGUCACCAUCUGUAGUGGAAGAAGUUGACAUGAUACUCUUCCACGUAAUUUAUGUCGAGACUUGUUAAGGAGGAAGACGCAGAAGAGAUUUUGAACGCGAGCAAUCGGUAGAAAAGAAAAAGCUAGCCGAGAAUUCUUCGUAAAGCGCUGGUGCGAGGGAGACUCCGUCCUCAGUCUAGUAGAAGAAUUCGUUAGAAAAUAGACUUAGAAAGUCAACUUUUGUUUCUAGAAUAUAAAGUAGGUUUGUACAGAAACUACUCAUUAGUGUCCACAAGAAGCCGGGGAUUUUUUUCAGCUGCUCUUGCAAGACGUCUGGGAUUCUACAUGCGCAAAGACAUAAUCGUAAAAAAACGAAAUUUUUUAAGGAAAAUUCUAUAAAAUUAUAAGAAAUAUUAUAAAAUAGCUGACGUCCGCUCAGAACUUGAACUUAGGUCAAUACCUGGUCGUAAAAAUGCCUUAAAGAAUGAGCGAGUAUUAUCACCUUCAGUAGAAACAAUAGGAUGUAAACAUAUCGUAAUUUUAAUCAUGUCAGACGUUUUCUUAUAGGCUUAAAUUAAAUUUGAAGAUAUGCCGGUUGUCGUGACUGAAGUGUCAUUUCCAACUAUACGACACUAUGCACGUAAUACGAAACUGGAAGAAGAAUUGGAGUGUGGUAGAGAUUAGCCAGUUGAAAAUCCAAACGCUGAGGAAUCAGAAGCCUGCGGCUACCAUAGAAAGAUGAAAAGAACGGGUUUACCGCACCCAGCGGGUAUUGCGACAAGAUUUCGGGUAAACUAUCAACCAUGGACCCGGGAUGAGAGGGCGGUCGUCUCCAGGGUAAUUUUCACAAGGGACUAUAGAGAUCGAGAAGUUCCAUCCGACGCUCAUUUCCGCGCGGUGUUAGUGCUCCAAAGGAAUUUGGAAGAACAAUUGUCGAUGGGAUUCGACCAGUUUGUGCGAACAGCACCGAGACCAAGUGAAAACGACGUGGUAAUAGUGAGGUCAACGGUGGCGUACCCAGAAAUGAGAGCCAAGUGUUAUCGCUGGGAUGAAGAAGCACCGAUAUUGUUGUUACCGAUGUAUAUGGCACAAAAAUACUCGUCAGUGGGUCGUUUUGAGGAUGUUGGAGAUGGAUGUCCAUAUUUGGCUGGACCAUCAGCGGAGCAUUUGAAUUUGUUAUGAACAGGGUAUGUGCGUAAGAGGAUAACUGUUAGAGUAUGAUAAGUCUUUUGGUAUUUUGGUAAAAAGUUGGUAUUUAUAUUUUCCCUCCAGGGUAUUUGGUAUAAUUUCAUUUUCUUCCAGGGGUAUUUGGUAUACUGUCAUUUUGAACAGGAUAUUCGUCUUUUGGGUAUUAUGGUUCUAAUGAUGGUAUAAUUCAAUGGGUAACAAAGUACUUUUUGGAAUUUGGAAUCUUCAAUAUUUAUUGGUUUUCAUAAGGCUUAUUUAUUAUUGUAUUGGACUAUUGUAUUGGAUUAUUGUAUUGGAUUAUUUUAUUGAUUUACACACACACUGUUUAAGCUACGCUGAUAUUAUAUGGAUUCUACACCCCUAUUCAUUCACCACCAAUGUUAUAAUAUUAUCGUAAAGAUUUUGAACCCUACGCCAUUCCAUUGCAACUGCAGAUGUUGAAACAAAAUAAAUGAAUCAAGGAUGACGACUAUUAUCGCCGAAUACUUCUGCUCGAAUGUUUUGUUAUUCCGCAACAACAAUUUCGAAGGGAACUUGGAAAUUUUCUUGAUACAAACACUGAGUCGUAAUUAUAAUUUCAGAUUUAUAACUUCAACCGUCAUUUUCGCCCAAAAGUAAGAGGUAUUAAUAUCAGCUCCUUAUAAUAUCUUCGACCUUACGUAUGAUAUACACAGAAAGUACGUACAGUAGACGUGUUUCGGCCAACCAAUUGACGAAACGGACAUAACAAAUUUCAAAUAGGUUAAUUUUAGCCACAAAUGAGUUCAACGCUCUAGAAAAGGAAUAAAAAUUCUAGGCAUUACUAGUGCAACACAUUUUUGGGAGACAUACGAAAUAAAAAAACAAGAGCCCAUCUGUAAGCAGGGAAAGCAAUUUUUUGAAAAGUUGAACGUAAAUCAAAACGGUUCAACAAAUAAAUGUAAGCUUUCGUAAUACGGAAGGCUAUGGACUUUCCAGCCUGUGCCCGUUGGAGGCUAUAAUGUGUCUUAUUACUAACAUAAACGUAAGGAUUUUUGCACUAAUAAACAUAUCAAUACAUUAUUUUCUAGCGUCUGUAUUGUGACCCUUGAAUUCCACUGGAGGUGCCCCGAUCCUUCCGUGGCUACGAAAAGUGCCGAAGGCCCCUGCACGUCAAGAUUUUGCGCUCAAAGGGUUACCUUUCAACACGAAAGUUGGCAUUCUGUUCCCGCUUAUGAAAGUGUCCAAAAAAUCCGUCUCAAUGACGGUUUUUUUGGAUGAAGUCAGAGGAAAGGCGAAAUAUUGCGCAAAAUGAAGAGAUUUUCUAUCUCGAAACUGGCUCAUUUGAUUUCUUUCGUUUUAGGCUCAAAAAAUCCGCCUUGUUCCAGACUAUGUUUCCACGAAAUUUCAAAUAGGGGCGAGGGAAAAUCUUAGAGAAAUCCUCGAAAUCGUAACAUUUUUUAGGCGUUGUUAGUUUAGGCUUCAAACAGAUAGAAGGCGACCGAUUUUUUAUAUGAAAUAUAUAUAUUCAGGUUAAGCAGGAGUCCAGCUUCAAAUUUAUGUAUGCAAUAACCCCAUUCUACCCCAUCUUCAUCGUGUAAUCAGGUUAUCUUUGGAGCAAAAAAUUAUUCUUUCGCCGAAACAGAAUGCCAAGAAUUUUUCAUUGCUUGAGCGCUUUUGUUUUAUUUUUUCUUGACGUGCCCUGCCUCAACAACAAUCGCCAAUGCAGACCAAGGAACAAGCAAUCCACUAGAAGCAUAUGUGGAAAUUCUCAUUUGUUUUUUUGAGUUAGAAAUUAACAACAUCUUGAUCGGUAUAGUAAUGUAAUACAAUAAAUCUAUUUUUAAGAUGUAAUCUUGCAAUAUUUUCGAGUGAAUUUUUUCUAAUUUUGCCACUCCUUGGAAAAUUCAAAAACUGGGCUUGAAAAUCAAAGACCGGGAGCUGGCCGCGAAAUUAGUAGGUCCGGCCCAGUCCGGAAAAUUUCGGAAAACCCGGCCUGAAGGGAUGGUUAGGCGGGCCGAAACUCCAAAACAAAUUGUCGCCGACCGCUCGUGGUGAAAAUUUUUAAUUUUUUUUUAGUAUUAAAAUUAAUUUUUUGUGUUUUUUCUCCAGCAAAUGUGCUAAAAAUCGAGCAUCAAUAACUGUUUCCAUGUUUCGCAGAUAAAUCCGCCAAAUUUCCCGUUUUUCCGCCAAAACAAGAUGUUUUUUGCCUGGAAAAAGGUCGGCUCGACCUUUUUCUCCAAAAAAUUCCAUUUUCCUCUCUCAAAUUUCGCUCUGCACAAAAAAUCUCCGACUCUCGGACCCCGCCGCACUCUGUUUUCCCCCAUUUUUUGCUGCGAAAGCGCCGCUUUCUCUGCGGUCUCUUCGGGCGGCGCGCUCUCUCCUCUUUCAGCAGAAGAAGAGAGCGCGUUUUCGAGUUUUUCGAGCUUUCGCAGGCAAGGCAGAGACGGAAAGCCUUCAAAACCCUUCCCCGCCAACACUUUUCACCCAAUUUCGUUUUCGUCUUGCUGCAGAAACUGUUUUGGACACGGUUUUUGCCUAAAAUAAUAUUGGAAUCCCAAAUUUAUCCGCUUUUCCACAAAAAAUCGUCUUUUCAGGAAGAAAAAGGAAUAUUAGUUGGCUUGAUUCACGUUUUAGACCAUAAUUUUUGAUUUUUUCUUGGAAAUUUGCCAUAGAAAAUAGGUUUUAUACCUAAAAAUAUUUUUUUUUACCUACUACAAUAUAAUUUUUUGCUGAAUUUUUAAAGUUUUUUUGGUUCAAAAAUAUUGGAAAUAACGUACUUUAGCGGAAUAUAUAAUUUUUUCCUAGUUUUUUCCGCAUUUUGCGAGAAAAUUUAUCUUCACCAUGUGUAAUAUUGAAAAAUUGCGCAAAAAAUUGAUAAACCCUUUGUUUUUUGCAGGUUUUUGAUCGCAAAAAUAUUUUUGAGAGCAAUAGAGCUCUUUUGCGCAACUUUUUCUGCAAUUUCCCUCACCUUUACAUUGCGUUUUCUCAUUUAUUUCCCAUUUUAUACUUAAAAUCUGCGUGUUUUAGUGCCAUGACCGGAAUAAAGGUCCCGAUUUGGCUGGUGGUCGAGGUCAAACAAGCCCAACAGAUCCUCGCCGUGAAAUGCACCGACUAUCGGAUGGAUUUCAAGCAAGUGUACAAGGGCGCGCUGGGCAAAUUCAUGCUGGGCUAUCAGAAAUUGGACAGCGAAAUCCUGGAAAUGUUCGAUGAGAAUAUGGCCAAGGCUGUGGCCGAAACUGCGAAUGAGUGGAUCCAGAAGAGAAUUCGGAAACCAGUAGAGAGGCCACAGAUUGAGGGGAAGAAAUCGUGAGUUUUUUUGAGUUCACCUUGAUUUUGAUGACUUUGAUUGAAAUUUUUCGAUUUUUUAGUAGGUUUUGAUGAAUUUUAGAGGGAAAGUGAUUUUCAGAUAGAAAGGAAAUUUAAUUUAGAGUAGGGUAGAAAGAAUUUUAACCAGAAUUAGCAUGAAAAGUCAUCAAAUCCCGAAAUUUUUGUGUUUAUUACCUAAAAUAAUAUAAUUUUCCUCAAAAUUAGUCUAAAAAUGAACUUUAAUUGCAGUUGAAUUAUUGCUCACGGAGUUUAAAAAAACGUCGGGUUGAUGUGAAUAUGAAAUUUGCUGAAAUUUUAUAUUUUUUGACCUUAUUUUAGAUGAUGAUGACAGUUGAUAAAUCUGAGGAAUUUUGAUAUUUUUUGCCACUUUUUGGUCCCAAAUUAUAUUGCGAUGGAAUAUCUAGACAUUUUGACAUAGAUUAAGGACAAUUUUUCCUAGUUUAAGCCUUUAGAUUGGUCUGAAAUAUCAAAAUUUACCAUUCAGAUGCAUAAAGUAAUAAAAUUUUGUCUAAAACCCUUCUUUUUUCAGCAAAGAAUUCCACGCCAAGAUGUCGUCCCUUCAGCAUGCCAAAUUCUCCAACAGAUUCGAGCUGGUGGAGCUGCGAUUACGCGACGAGACCGCCAAAAAUGAGGCUUUUCGUGCAAAGAUGGAGGAGAAAUUGGGGAGAUUCCGAACAGAACUGGACCGACUCAAAUCCAUGCCCGGCUACGAGGUCCUACCCCCAAUCGAAAGCAUCCCAAAAGCGCCGGAAGAGAGCAGACCAUUGCCGUUUUAUCGGUUCAUUGAUCAGGACAUGGCCGAUGGUUUGUUCAAAGAGGCCGGCCGAAACCACACCCUGUUCUUCCAAUUCGUCUCCAAUUGGAUCUUCACGGACGCCGAGAGGGAGUUGGGCGUGCGACAGCUACCGCAGAAGAAGUUGUUCGAGCUGGAGCAGAUCCUGGGCUACUAUUAUCCGCAAGGAAGUGUCGAAGCGGAUAGGAAAUUGUGGAGGAUUUACAAAUCAAAGCUGUCGCAGGAGGCUACGAAUAAGGUGGGUGAUACUUUCAUGGGUUUGGGAGGGUGGGUAGAGAUUUUGAGAACGAAAAAACAACAAAAGUUUGAAUUUUUAUAUUACACUAGAAAAAAUGAUGAUUUAUUAGUUAGAGUUUUGAAAUCUCAAAGAUCUUGGAGCACCGUAGAAUAUUGGGAAGUUUCAUUUUUGGAUUUGUCACCGAAUUUUUGCAUGAAAAAUCUAAAAAAAAAAUUUUAUAUUACACUAGGCAAAAUUCGAAGAUUUUUUGCCGAAAUGAGGUUCAAAAUGCGGUUAGUAGGUCUAGCAGGACUAUAGUUGAAUGAAAGAUUUUUUCUAGGGAUUUUUAUAAUAAGUUUUAUAUUACACUAGGCAAUUUUAAUGAUUUUUUCCCCAAAAAAAGGGGAAAAACCCUCCAUCUUUUCAUCUUUUGGCAUUGUCAUGUCUCUACGCUCUUAUAAUUACUAUUUUCUUUCAGCGACGACGCCAAUCCAACAGGCAAAAGCGAGAAAAUUCGGAAAAUCCGCCGGAGAAACGUGCCCGAUUAGACCGAGAAGCCAAGUCCCCGUCAAGUUCAAAUUCGGUUGCAGAACGACAACGGGAAUCCGCAUCAGAGACCAGAGACCCGUAUGAAGACACGGUGGAUGCUUUACUGUACACGAUAAAACAAGAAAUUGUCUCAUGAAUAAUAUUUCUAAUUGUCAUCGGUUUUUUAAUACAUAAAGUUACUAUUUUUACUUGGUUUGAAGGAAAAUACGAUCUGUUUGUGUGCAGAAAUAUAUUUAACAUUUUUUCAACGAUUUUUUCUUGGAAUUUUUAAUUUUUUGGCUACUACAAUAUAAAAAAAAUUUCUUAAUUUUUUCAGCGCAAUGUCCGGAAAACGCAAGGAUAAGGACAUUUGGGUGGUCCUCGACCUACUCGACGCGGAUCAAGUUAUUGCCGCGCCAGUUUCGGCAUUAAAAUUUUGGAGGAAAUUUACGAAAGGCAGUAAAGGAAGGUUCCCGAUGCUGAAUGGAGCCUACGAAGCGGCAGAAAUCAUCGAAGUAUGCGAUCAACGAAUGGCCAGACAGAUGGUAGAAUUUAUGAGCACGUACAUUCGACGAAGAAAUAAUCGAAUUGCGGGGAUUGAUGAGUCGAAAGUUGAGAAUUCAAGGUAGGCGAGGAGGAAUAAUAAUUUUUUUUAACCUUUUCGGAUUUGAAGGGAAAUGUUAUGAGUGUUAAAUAGGGCUACAAGUAAAAUAGAGGUCUGCUGAAAACGCUCUAACUAGGGAAGUGUACAAACGAACCCUCACCAAAUGGCAAUUGAUAUACACCAUUGAAAAGCCCUUGAAAAAUGGUGAAAGGUACCAUUUUCAUUUUUUGCAGAAUGCCUCAGGGCAAAAAAUUAUAAACGGUUGAUUUGUCCCUUAAGUAGUUACAAUAUCUGCUGUGGGGCAAAAUAAAUCUUAUAUUUCAAAACGCUAAAUGGUAAAUAUUGCUACUAGGUUGGCCUAAGAACAUUAUGAAGUUUGGCGCUUACCAGUAAAACCAUUUUACAUAUGAUAUUUACUGGUUUUAAACACCCAUAACGUGAAAAAACACUUAACUUUUUUUAAUUUUGAAAAACAUGUAAGUUUGAUGGUUUUAACCGUAAUCGACCGUUUUCUAGAAAAAAUAAAGCGUUUGUAAAGGUUUAACUCAAAUAUUAUCCUAACUGUAAGAACGCAAAACGUGUUUCUCCAAGCUGGGAAUCGAACCUAGCUUGGUUUGGCUUAUCAGCCUGCUCCGCAACCACUGCACUAUUGAAGCAACCGUCUUCGAGGAUUUUUAUCCGCUCAAGAGAAAGAAAGAUUUUUGUUGCGAAAUGACCUAAAAAUAAUACAAUUUACAGUAUGUCAUCGCGGAAAGGCAUUCUGCAAAAAAUGAAAAUGGUACCUUGCACCAUUUUUCAAGGGCUUUCCAAUGGUGUAUACCACUUGCGAAUUGGUGAGGGUUCGUUUGUACACUUCCCUAGUAAGGGUAUUUGCGACAACAUUUUUGAUUUAUCAGUCUGUCGGGAAAAUAACGGCGGAUCGUCGCAGCAAAAUGUCUCGCCUCGCCGCUAUCGCGCGCCAAAUCCCAAGCCGCUGCUUGCAGUCGCAAAGCGAUGAUGAGCGACUCCGAGGCGCGACGAUCCGCCGUUUUUUUCCCGACAGACCGAUAUUUAUAUUAUGCAUGAUGAGAUAAAGGUCUAUUGUUUUUUGUUUUGCUUCCAUUUAAUGAUGAAGAGACUCCGUAUUUUACUUUGAAAAUUUUAAAAUUUUUCCUUAUGCUUCGAUUUUCAGUGAGGGCCCAUCUUCGAUUCCAAAUUUUACUCCAGCCCCUCCGCCGGCGCCAACCCCUCCCACGGUCUCAACGCCAGCCCCAAGACCAGCGCCAGUCCCCACUUCAUUCGGCCCCGACCUCAUCGACAAAUAUAACGAGCAAUUCGACCGAAUGGAGGACCUGUUAAAGAAAGAGGAAAAGAGAAAUGAAAGUUUCCGCGAUUAUUUAAUGGAGCAGGUCUCGUUGUACAGAUUCGAGUUGGACCGAAUCAAAGAGCUGCCGGGAAACGAGAAAUUGAUCGGCAAAAAAGUCCCGCUGUUCCGAUUUAUCGACCGACAGGUCAUCGAGUCGCUUUGCAAACAGUCCGGCGACGACCAUUCCAAAUUCUUCCCAUUGGUAUUUUACGGAAUUUUCACGCCGGACGAGAGAAGUCGGGGAAUCAAAAAAUUGCCGCAGGAAAAGUUGAUGGAAUUGGAGCAGAUUUUACGGUUCUUUUAUCCACAAGAAAGCGAGGAGAAGGACGAGGACUUGUGGAGGUUCUAUAGGAUCAAGAUGUCAAAAUAUGCGAGUAGUCAGGUGGGUAAAUUAUAUUAUUUUAGGCAAUUUUGUGGAAGUUGGUGAUGGAUGUAGGUGAAACUUGGCCAAUGCAGCGUGUAGGAUGCCACAAUAAAAAUUUUAGAUCCAAAUUUGCCGGGGGUAUUGGGAUUUUGCUAUUUUUGUUUUGAAAAACGAUGAUUUUGACGAAAUUUUAGUAAGUCAUGGAUUUUGAAGGUAAAAUACGGUUCGUCGUUCGUUGAUAAAUUAAAGAUUACGACGGUUCGCGCAAAGAAAAAUCGAUUUGCCAUCAAGGUUUUAUCAAAAAUCGGGAUUUUUGAACCAAAAAAUAUCAAGUCAUCAUGUAUAAUAUAUAAUUGAUCUAAAAUCUGUUUACAACUUUUCGCUAUCACUUUCUUUGGUCCAAAAUUCUUCAUUUUCUCUAGUGAAUUCCUCUAUACUGUCGAUGCACACCUUAUACUACCUUAAACGCCGAUUAUUUACAUUAUCCUUUACAGCGUCGACAGAUGAAAGAAACUCUCACAGUGCCUAGUAAAAACCGUCUUAUCAUCCAGCAGAACACUUCCGACACUAGUCGCGAGAGUUCGGUGUCAACGAGUCAGCAGUCCAUGGAUAUUAGCGAUCUGGUCCCCAAUGAUAUACUUCAACGUCUAAUAAAAACGGAGAAUUUUCCAGCCGAAGAACCGGCAAUUUGA